AUGUCGUUCCUUAAAAAUUGUUUGCCUUCGAAUGCUCAUGGUCAAGUUAUUGCUGCAAAGGAGCAGACAUUUAAUGUAAUUAUCAUGAUGCAUGGAUUAGGAGACUCAGAACACAGUUUUGCACAUGCUGCAAAGAAUAUCCCUUUACCGAAUACAUCGUAUAUUUCUUUACGAGGAGUGUAUAAGCUUCCUCUUGAUUAUGGUACACCAGUGGGCAAUUGGAUGUGGGGAGAAGAUGUUCAUUUUGAUACGAACGGGGAUUUAGAGUCUGAAGCAGACUUUUCAAAAUGCCUUUCAGUUCUUAGGGAAUUAAUCAAGCGCAUCAUUGAUCAGGGAAUACUUUCAACGCGCAUUUUCUUUUUUGGUUUUGGACAAGGUGGUAUGGCAGCUUUGUAUUGCGCGUCGCAGCUGGCCUCAAUAUAUCAAUUCGGUGGUGUUUUUUCUUUUGGCGGAAAACUACCGUUAGCUAUGACAUUACCCUCAACCCCCUUUCUUACUUCUGUGUAUUUCUUUGAGAAACGUAAAAAUAGGAGUAUUGAUGACUAUGAAGAAGGCCGGCUGAAGAAAACCUUCCGGUCUGUACAAAUGAUAUGCUGGAACAGAGAUGAAAAAACAGACAUGCCUUCUUCUCCCAAUGAAUGGUUUAUUUUCGUAGAAGCGAUCAGCAAAAAACUAUAUGUGCACAAUAAGCUAUACGAAAACGCUAUACAAUUGUCAUAG